AUGGAGAACGGAACAGCGCCCGCCCAGAACGAGGGCAGAGACCCCUCGGGCUUCCUGUCCGAGAUCAUCGGCAACAACGUCACCGUCAAGCUCAACUCGGGCGUCGUCUACAAGGGCGAGCUUCAGUCGGUUGAUGGCUACAUGAACAUCGCGCUGGAAAAGACGGAGGAGCACAUCAACGGCAAGAAGGGCAGGACAUAUGGUGAUGCCUUUGUCAGAGGCAACAAUGUUAUGUACAUCUCGGCCGACUGA